AUGAAACUUGAAAAUUUCGACUUAUUCAUCCAGUGUCUAAGCUCAGAUGGAAGAGCAGUCGCAGAGUUCCCGUGCCAACCCAGAGCCAUUCCAGGUCAAUCGGUGGUCUGCGUGUGUAACGCGGACUACUGUGAUAAGAUUGAGAGAGAAGCACCAAAAGCUAACCAUUAUGUUGCUUAUACGAGUUCGAAGGCGGGAUUACGUUUUUAUAAAACUACAGGUCAAUUGCAGGAAGCUAUUAAUGGCACUUUUCCGCUGACGGCACUAACACUGAACGUGAGCAUUCAGUACCAAGCGAUUGACGGCUUCGGUGGCGCCAUCACGGACGCGGCUGGACUCAAUUGGCUGAGCCUCACCGAUACCAACCUACGCCAAAGUUUGAUAGACUCGUACUUCAGUUCCAAAGGCCUCGAGUACACCAUGAUCCGAACGCCAAUAGGCUGCAGCGAUUUUUCCAGCAGAAAAUAUGCGCUAAACGAGCUACCACUGUACGACAAACAGCUGUCAAAUUUCAGUCUCGCUGAAGAAGAUUUCAAUUUGAAGAUCCCUAUGUUCAAAGCAGCAAUAAAGGCUUCUAAUCAAGACAUAUACGUCAUCGCCACCACCUGGUCACCUCCGGACUGGAUGAAGGUGUCCAACGGGAUUUCUGUGUGCGGGAAACUGAACCCUGAUUACUACCAGACUUACGCAGACUACCAUGUUAAAUUCAUCGAUGAGUACAAUAAGCAAGGCAUCAAGAUAUGGGCCUUGACGACGACGAAUGAACCAUCGAACGCGUUUCUUGCGACCAUGGUGUUCAACUGUAUGGGUUGGAGCAGUACCGAUCAGCUGGUAGCCAGCGACCCCAGGGUGUUGAACUACAUAGAUGGAGUAGCAGUGCAUGGUUACGCGGACCUAGUGAUCCCCGCAUCUAUACUGGAAGCAGUCACCAACCUGUACCCGCAGUUGAAACUGAUGAUGACUGAGUUUUGUGAAGGAUACCUCUCGCCCACACAGAAAGUACUAUUAGGCUCUUGGGAUAGAGCAGAGUCAUACAUUAAGAGUAUAUUAGGGAAUUUGAACUUCGGCGCAGCAGGUUACGUCGACUGGAACCUUUGUCUAAACCAAAUCGGGGGUCCCAACUGGGCGCUAAACUUCGUGGACUCCCCGAUCAUAGUCUUCCCAGAGGCUGGGGAGUUCGUCAAGCAGCCCACGUACUAUGCCAUGGGCCACUUCUCCAAGUUCCUACCUCGAGGGUCGAAGAGGAUCCAUGUUGAUAUUUACAAGUCGCAGUACGAUUUGAACCUGCAAAACGUCGCGUUUGUGACGCCGCUGAACACGGUCGUUGUUAUUUUAUAUAAUCCGGCAGCCGAGACCAGAGUUAUUAUAAAGCUGGGCAGCCAAGCGGCCACAGUGUUGCUUCCCGCACAGUCCGUGAUGACCGUAGAGAUGGUGCUUGAUCAGUGA